UUUCGUAUAAAACCCCUGGCCUUGGGUUCCUCCCUUUUCCCAACUUCAUUAACUACCCUUCUCUUCUCUCUUUCCCUCUCUCUCUCUCUCUCAUGCAUUUCUAAAGUUUUCCUGAAAAUCCAGUCCAGACAAAUAUUACAAAGCGGAAAUGGAGCAAGAACCAUCUGGAACCCAAGCUCGUUCUACUAGGAAGGUCAGAUAUGCACCCAAAGCCCCUCCUCGCAGAACGCACAAACCCAUUGAAACCAAAACUGAAGUUGUGGAGGACGCGGAAGCUGCCCAGUCCAGGGAGUUGCUUCGCCGUGUCAACGAAGCUUCGGCAAGACGAGGACCUAAAGUUGAAAAGAAACCGGUUCAAGUAGCAUUUGGUUAUGGAGGUGCAUCACCUGCAAUAAGAACAUUUGGUGUUCCUAGGGGAGGGACUGGUAGCAGCAGCACCAGUAGAGUGGAACCUCAAGUUCAUAUUCCUGAUGAUAAUACUAACGAGUCAGACCAGAAGAAGAAGAAAGAGUAUGUUGAACCCUGGAAUUACUAUACUUACUACCCUGUUACCCUUCCCCUGAGGAGGCCAUACUCAGGAAAUCCAGAACUUCUUGAUGAGGAGGAAUUUGGGAAGGAUUCAUCAGACUUGCCAUAUGAAGAGAGCACUAUAAAACCAGCUGUAGAGCUUGGACUGAUGGAGGAAGGUGAAGAACAGAAAAUGUUCUUCAUUCAGCUACCUGAUUCUCUGCCAUUAGUUAAGCGGUCAGCUAGUGCAAAGGGGAAAGAUAUGGCUCGCAGCUCAAAACCAUUGAAGAGUGUGGGUGCUGCAGAUCAGGGCUGCAGUUUAGAAGAGUUGCCUCCUGGUUUCAUGGGCAAAAUGCUGGUGUACAAGAGUGGCGCUGUCAAGCUAAAGCUUGGAGAAACCCUUUAUGAUGUUUCCUCUGGAUCAGACUGUAUUUUUGCCCAGGAUGUCGUAGCCAUCAAUACCGAAGACCGACACUGUUGCGUCAUAGGAGAGCUCUACAAGCGUGCCAUCAUAACCCCUGAUUUUGAUUCCCUCUUAUUGUAGAUUAACAUAGUUCGAUUCCACAACAAAGUCAUGGAAAACUUCUUUUGUGUAAUGUCAGGUAUUGGUUCGGCCCUUCCAAUGGAACAGUUUUACCCUCACUCCUAGAUUGCUUAUGUAAAGUUGCAUGUUCUAACAACUUGAUAAGUUUGGUAGCAGCUGUAACUUGUAACAAAUAGUGAUGUUAAGCUCCUUUUUUUGAUGUAAUUAUCUUCUAUAUUUGUAUUA